AUGUAACAAUAAUUAUUAAAGCCUUAAUCUAAAGAACAUGCCCUACAAAUAUUACAAUAGGGAUUCCAAAUGUAUUAACAACAAGGACACAUGAGUUUCAACGAGAAUGCUAAUGUAAUUUAAUAACCAGAAAGAAUGAGUUUCAAUGAUUAAAAGAUGAAAUCUCAUCCAAAAGUUCAUAAUAUUUUCGAUAGUCAAAGGAGAAUAAAAAAUAAUUAACAUCAGAUUGAACAAAGUAUAGUUGGAAAUAGAUUUGAAAUUCCUGUUUUACCAUCGGGUAAAUAUCUCAAAUUUAAUGUUCUCUCAAAUUGGGGAGAUAAAUAACAAGUUGGUCUAAAUGGGAUUGAAGUCUUUGACUCACAAGGAGGUAAUAUCACUAGAUAUAUUAAAAUGCCAAUGCAAGAUGAAUACAUAGAGAAAUUGAAAUUGAUUGACGGUUACUAAGCUGUUAAAGAUGAUAAACAUAUUUGGAAAACAAAGAAUUUGAAACCAGAAAUCAUUAUUGAUUUAACUGCAAAUAUCAAAAUAUCUUUGAUAAGAAUUUGGAAUUACAAUAAGUCAAGGAUAAGAUCCUAUAAAGGUGUUAGAUCAUUAAAGAUAACUUUAGAUGAGAGAUUAGUAAACUAUUUAUGUAAUAUUUUAGUUAGAUAUUUUAUGGAGACAUCCAGAAAGCAACAGGAGAUCUAAAAAAGUUCUAAGAUAAUUGUGAAUACAUAUUAUUUACACAGGAUUCUAAAAUAAUAAGUAGAAUUGCAGAAUUAGAUUGGUUAAACAAAAGAGCUGAAGAUUAUUCUAUCCAGAUUCUAUAGUAGACUAUGAGUAUGCAGUAAAAUAGACCAAACACAGGGACUAAAUUAUAGGCAUAGAAUACAAGAUAGUAAUAAAAUGAAUAGUCUCCUUCAUCAAAGUUAUAUUCAUCUAGAGUUUAUUAGCUUUAAAAUAAUGAUUAAUAACAAUAGCCACUCUAAAUUUAAAGACAAUAGCAAUAAUAUAAAGAGUAAUAUAUUUAGAGGACUUCAAACAAACAAGAAAAAUUAUAAAUGCAAUAUCCAGAAUACCUUACUGUUUCUGAUAUCUUAUUGGAAUUUAAUAAUGGAUCAAAGAGAUUUCUAGGACUUAAUGGGAUAAUGUUGAUUGAUGACAGAAAUCAGCAGAUUCAUUAGGAAGAUAUUUUAGAUUCUAAUUUAACUGAUUAUGACAUAUAACGACUGUUCUAUUCUAAUAAUCCUACUCUAGUUGAUUCAUCAAACAUGGUUUGGCUAAAACAAAAGAAAAUUUAUUUCAAAUUUAAACAGUUGACAAAACUAUCAAUGAUUAAAUUUUAUAAUUGUAAUCAACUCAUAAGUGAAUCAACAUUUGCUGGACCAGAAAUAGUCAAAAUUACUUAUAAUGGGAGAUUCAAAAUAUUUAGUAAUUAUUUAUUAUAUCAAUAGAUUUAAGACCUGCUCCAUGUGAAGAAAUUAAUUUUGUAUAAACACUUAUUCUGACUUAACCAAAUAAUAAUUCUUAUACUGGAAAUUUGGUGUCUAAUUAUGAAUUAUUUAACUAAAAUUAUAUAAUAGCUUAUCCUCCUUGUGGGAUGCUAGUCACUAUUUAUUUGUUUAAUACUUGGGGAGAUAACAAUUAUAUCGGUUUAAAUGGAUUAGAGAUUUAUGAUCAUUAAGGUUCAGCCUUAUUAUCCAGAAGAAUAAUUCCCUAUACAAUCCAUUCAGUUCCUCAAGUAAUUCAGUUAUAUUAUAAUUCUAGUUGGAAGAUGAUCCAAGAGUAGUCUAAAAUUUAGUGAUUCCUCCUCACGAUAUCACAUGUUAACCUUAGAAAAGCUUCUUGGCUCCAUUCAUAAACACUCCAAUGGAGAAACUCAAAAAUAAAAAUGCCAUUAUAAUCUAAAAAGCAAGAGAUUUGGAGAGACAGGAUAUCAAUAAGAUAUAUGUGUUGUUUGAUAAACUUACUUGUUUCAGUGGAAUCGAUUUUUAUAAUUAUACAAAGGAUUGGCAAAGAGGUGUAAAGCAAGUGCAUAUCUAUAUAAAUAAUAGAUUGAUAUAUCAAGUACUUAUUUAAUAUUAGAUGUAGGGUAACAUUAAUCAAACAUUCCAAGAUAUUAAAAAGAAUAUAUUUAAUAAAACUACUAUAUUAUUUUCAGAUUCUAACUAAGUUAAGCAAUAACUAAAUCCAUAUUUCUAUUAAUUUCCAGAAGAGUAGGUUUCUUUAAUUGAUGAGAAUAGAUAACUAACUUAAAGAGAAUAUUAGCAACAUUUCCCAUAACAAUUGAUUAGACCUAAAACCAGUGUUAAAUGAG